AUGGAUAUUUUAAAACAAGCACAAACUCAACCUAUUUUUUCAGUUUAUCCAAACAAAAUUUCUAAAAAGUUUACUCGUUAUAAUGAUUUUCUUAAAGAGCCUGAUAUUAUUAACGACGAUCAAAUUGAAAUUAUCUCACUUAACAACGAAGAUGAGAAUUGUGCUACGAAUACUAUUACUAUGCCUUCUAAUAUGCAAUCAUCUAAGACGAAAGCAUUUUUUUUAUCUCCCUAUACAAAUAUUUCAUCUUCUAAUAUAAAUAUUUUAUCGCCCAAUACAAAUAUUUUAUCGCCCAAUACAAAUCCUUUAUCUCCUAAUAUAAAUCCUUUAUCUCCCAAUAUAAAUCCUUUAUCUCCCAACCCAGAUACAUCAUCUUCUAAACAGAAAAAAAUAAUCAAUUUGGAUGAUAGUGAUGAUGACAAUAAACUCUGGCCGAAUUCGGCUAUUAAAUCAUUACUAUCCUACUUAUCUGAUAAUAUGUCAUCAUAUAGAAUGAACAAGGACAAAUUUUACCUUAAAGCUGCUAUAUACCUUGGUAAAGGUAAAACUGGCAAACAGGUUCAUAAUAAAAUGCAAUCACUUAUAAGCAAGUAUAUGAAUGAAAGCUCUAACAAAACGGGGAAGGGUGCAUCCACUUGGCUAUUUUAUACUGAGAUGAAUAAUAUUUUUGGAAAUCGGGAGAAUGUAAAUCCCGAUUUUAUAAUCAAUAGUAUGGGUCAGACUUACGGUACUAGCUUAGAACCAAAAGAUAAAGACUACUCUUUAAAAUCUAAAAAAAAACGAAAGUUAGAUGAUGAUGAAGUGCGUUAUAUAAACUCCAUGGAUACAAUUACAGAAACUAAAAAAAUUGAGGCUGAAACUAAGCAAAAGCAACUCAAUUUAGAAAGAGAUAAAUUCUUAUAUGAAAAAGAAAAAGAAGAAAAUGAACGUUUAUUUAGGCGUGAAAA